AUGGAUGCUUCUAAUCUGGGACAUCGAAAAGUCACUUUGAGUGAGUGGCAAACUUUAAAAAUACCUUGGAAAAAACUUAGGGGAGGGAUUUGCGGUAUAUUUGAGAGAUACUGCUCUACGUCAACACAAUAUCUUUGGAUAAAUCUGCUCCAAAACAACUGUCGAAAAGUGGUUGAUAGUACCAAAGGUGAGGGAGACGGAGACAGUGGUGGUGAAUCCGGUAGUUCAAUAUCUGAGGUGGUGUGGUCGAAAAUUUCAUUAUUUUCUCUCAGCAAGAAGGGAGACAUUUCUCGCCUCUUUAAUUUGACGGCAAGAAUAAAUAUUUCGACGGAGAGCAGCGGUGUAAAAACAAGAAGAUUUGAUCAGCAUAUGAGAAAAGUGAUACUCGAUAACCUACCCGAGUUCGCAAGAGAUGGAGAACAUCUGGUUAAGGAGAAUAGAUUUGUUGAAAGUUUUUCCUCUUCUAAUCCUUAUCUCAAUAUCCCGAUAUCUAGUGACUCGGACAUAUCUUUUAUCCAAAAGUAUGCUUUGGUAGCUGUGAUAAAUCACUCUGGAUCAUUGAAUGCAGGCCACUAUUGGACCCAUAUCAAAGAUCGGACCACAAACUCUUGGUACCUCUGCAAUGAUAAGGCAAUAAGCAAAGUUGAUCCAAGAACGCCCAACAGCACUACAUCAUAUGUUUUCUUUUAUACCCGCUGCUAG